AGAGAUGGGCCCAUUAUAGUAUUUUAAUUCACACCAGGCCCAAUACGACGCAUUACAAAUUGUCGGAUAUAGUUUAGGGUUUUGAUGCAUCCCCUCGCACUGCGUCCUCAGAAAAAAUCCACCCUUUGUUUCUUUUGGUUGCGUUUAUUGUAGCAACGAGAGACAAUGGUGAAAUUCUUGAAGCCUAACAAAGCUGUGAUUGUCCUGCAAGGCCGAUAUGCGGGAAAAAAGGCCGUGAUUGUUCGUACAUUUGAUGAUGGCACUCGUGAGAAACCGUAUGGACACUGUCUUGUUGCAGGGAUUAAGAAGUACCCAAGCAAAGUAAUCAAGAAGGACUCUGCAAAGAAGACAGCAAAGAAAUCUAGGGUUAAAGCUUUCGUGAAGCUUGUCAAUUAUCAGCACUUGAUGCCCACACGUUAUACCCUUGAUGUGGAUCUGAAAGAUGCUGUUUCUGUCGAUGUUCUUCAAGCCAAGGACAAGAAGGUGACAGCCCUUAAGGAGACAAAGAAGCGCUUUGAGGAGAGGUUUAAGACUGGCAAGAACAGGUGGUUCUUUACCAAGCUUCGAUUCUGAAAAUUUUGUUUAAUUUAUUAUGAAUGAAUGAACUUGUUGUGUUUCUUAGUUUCAUUUCAGAGAUUUGUGAUUAUUAUCAAUACAAAAAGUUAGUGAACAAUUUCACCAAUUGUUGCUCCAA